CUUCUGCGUGCUGCGCGCUGUGUUUGUGCGGUGGAAAUCGAUAGUGUCCUUUCGUUGUGGUGCACUACGGAUACGCCGUGCCUGCAAAUAUAGGUAUGUGGGCCGCCGCUGUCGGUUCUGGCUAUUUGUAACUUUUGGUAAAAGUGUCCUGCUCGCAAGUAUUCGGCGACCCGGGCCACUCGAGGAUACCCCGUGCCGGGAAGUAUGACACGCUCGGCGGGACCUCAAGUUCUGCACGCACCGACGAGGCGCAGCAACGCGUAAAGGGCACCCCGCGAGCAUGGCAGCGUGCCCAGUGUCGGUGUGUGCCGACCAGACUGGAGGGUGCGAUGCUUGCGGCCGAAUGCUUCCCGCGUUGCACUGACCCGUCCAUAUGGCCAGCCACUGCUCAGGCUGAACAGAACUGUGUACCUGACCUCAUCAGGGCAUCGUCCCUUGCAGUCCUCGACACGUUCGAGGAGACACGCUUGCAACGGGAACAGCCACAGCACCGUCUCCUGCAGUUGGCCUUGUCACUGCAGCAGCUUUGACAAGCAGCCAGCAUCGCCCUUGGGAAGUACAAGUCUGCAAGGAAGUCAUAGCCAAAGCCAAUAUGGUAGCCAUAAUAAGGGUCGAAAGAGCCAAGACGGGACUCUUUUGCGUGCUAGUGCCAAAGAACUCUACAAGAAACACCGGGGCAUCAAGCUAAAAACAAGACGGAAGGACAGGACAAGGACAGCGCUUACUCAAGACAAGGUUUUGAAAUUACAUGUGCAGCCACUGCUGAGUAAAAGAAUGGAGAACAUUUCACCAAGCAGCUUGUCACAGCGAAAUGGACUGGAGUUCCGGAAAGACGAUUUCUGGGAGGCCCUCAGCUCCAACUACAACUACCUCAUGAAUGAUGAGCUCAUUGCCACAUGCAGGGAGGCAAGCGGAGAAUUGGACCUGGACGAAGAGGCACGAGUGUCUCCGCCACGUGAGACACUUUCGUUUGCCGAGUUUGUCCGGCAGUUCAACUUGCUGCACGACUGGCUGCACCAGCUGCAGUCUUCAUUGCUUGACUCGACCUCUGACCACAGAGCAGAGGUGGCUGAGUUUGUUGGUGGUGAGCUGCGUCGUCGGCAGCCGUCGCUGUCGCUCUUCUUGGAGGAAGCCGAGGGUCUGGCGGUGUUGCACCCGACACUCAAAGAGGAAGUGAACCGGCGAGUGAACCUGCUGAGCAACAAGCGUGAGGCAGUCCAGCGAGCCCUGGAUCCCGAUCGGGCUGCUGCGUUGGCUCCCGCUGUAGGGGAGGCCUUCCAAGAGGUGGCUCUAGAGAUGCGGCGCUUGAGACGUUGGCUCAAGGAGCUGGAGGCACAACUUCCUAGCCAGAUGGCAGUUUCAUCGACGUGGACACAGGCCGAAAUCCAAGAGAGACUGUGCGCCCAGCAGGUUUUGCAGCAGCAGAUUGAGUCUCGCAGCGUUUUGGUCAAGUCCCUUUUGAGGCAGUGUGAGGCGCUGUGUGCAGCCGGUGGUCCACCAUCCCAUGCAGCAGGAAACCAGGGAGAGAGCGCCUCCUCGCUCCAGCCGCUGUUCGCCAACGAUGCCCAGCGGAUCCGACGCGUUGCCGCGAACCUCGAGAAGCGUUGGCAUGCCCUGUGGCUUCAUUCUCUAGAGUGGCAGUGCCUGCUCGAGCAGUUCUUGCAGGGUUCACGGGGUCUGUGGGAGACAGGCAGUGACUGUUGGUUUGGUGAUGAGCCCAAGACCAAGCAGCCACGUUUGAGCUGUGAAUGGGACGGCGGCAGCAGCACGGCGAGUGACAGAACCAUGGAAAUCGGCAACAGCAGUAACAGCGACGCCAAGGAGCCUCACAGCAAAGAGAAUCAGCCAAGCUCUGUCGUGGUGCCUGCGACUGCUGCAUCUCUGCCACCCACUAGACUCGAGAAGGGCGUCAUGGUCGGCCAGACUGGCAUCGCAGACCUUAAGUUGGCCUGCAAAGGGGGCCGGCGCUUCGAGGUGCUACACGACGUCGGAUAUUCGAGCGAGAGCUCGACGCAGCUUUCUAGCGAGGACUGCAUCCGCAUAUACAGCUAUAGCCCGGAGCUGGCAGAAUCUGUUUUCCACGAGUAUCGGGAUGGCUUGGCGAGGAACUGUGUUGACGAAGGUGCCACCGGUGACAACCCUGCUCUGUAUAAGGCAGCUAACGAGGAGGAGUACGAGGAAGGGGAGUACGAGGCAUCACCGUUGAUCCAGUCGAAUGCCUCGAACGUAGACUUCUACAAGAUGACACUUCUCGAAGAUGCACCAUCCUCGGACCACAACAAUGACGAUGUCGCCGCAGGCACUCUGGGGCAGCUGGAUGACGAGCUGAUGGAUUUUGCUGAGCUGGAACAGCUUGGUGGCGACACAAAGGCCUGUGCAGCAAGUGUCUGCAAUGUCGACGGCAAGUCUGAUCGUGUCAGGCGUUGGCUUCAGAACUGCGAGUCGGCACCUCUGACUUCUGCCGAGGAAGAAGAGGAGGAGCCAGCGGCGGCAGGAGUCAAUGAGCGUCACGUGGACAGUUCGUGUGAUGCCAGUGGCGAGUAUACAACAAAUGACGAAUCCGAAGAACCCGGCGAUGAGUCUGAUGGAGCAGCUUCAUCUCGCCGUUCUUCUCGUGGCAGCAGCAGUCAGGGCCUGGACACGUCACAGAGCAUGUCACUUCUCAGCAAAUCCGGCACUGGCUCUGUGGAGACCGUUGUUCAGGUUGGCUCAGCCCUCUCCGAAGGUGACGCAGCCACGCCGAGGGUUGUCUUGCGCCAGGGCCUGCGUAAGAAACGCUCACGUGAGCGUCCCUGGAGUGUGAUCGAGCUGGGUCCAUCUGGAGCUCUGCAGCUGUGCCCACACUCGACGUCCGAGACUGCUCUCCACUUGCUCUCUUCCUCAUCUACCGUGAAGGCACAGAGCCGGCCACGUACAAGCUCGGUGGGCGUUCAGAAAGACCCUUCAUCACCUGAACGCCGACUGCAAAGGUCCCGUGGCCUGCGGGGAUUGCGCUCUGGUUCGAGCUCCGAGGCCCUGUCGGGCUCUUCGUCGGUUCACAAGCGGCAGAAGAGUGGUGAUGAUGGUGAACGCCGCCCGAGACGCGCAUCCACCCUUUCUUCAACGGGCACCAGCGGCUCUCUGCAGAACGCAUCUUCCUCUUCUGGCACAGAAAAUUACCAGGACUGCCUUCCAUACAGCAGCUCCAAGAGCCACCUGUUUUCGCGAGCGCCCACCCUGGCCCAUGUAGAGGAGCAGAGCUCAGUCUCAGACCAAGUGUGGGACGAUUACCAGGACCCACCCUACUUCAGCGAGCCCUACUCUGAGCAGACUGCCGACGAGGACCAGAUGAAGAAGCUGCUGGACUUUGGAGACGACUACUGGGCCUUCAUAGGGAGCCCCUCAGACACUUCCUCCCUCAGUGGACAGCCUAGAGAGCUGCCUAAACGAUCCCCUCACAAGGGCCGCCCGGCCACUAAGCCUGGAGGCACUACAGAGUUUGACUCGGACUCGGACAUAGAAGACCUGCACCACCUGUUGGGCCAGAGCACUCGCGCCUACACCUUCAUUCGCAGUAGCCUGCAGAAGAUUGCUGCCUGCAGCAAGGAGUCUCCGCGGGUGCCUCGGGAGAAAAUGUCACCACCCAAGUUUGCGGAGCUGGUGGCCACCUGCCAGACCAACUUGCACUGGUUGAAGAUGAUCCGCAUCCACCUCCACAAUGGAGAGGACUCCCCUCAACUGCAAAAGCUCAUCAGCCAGUGGGAGGCCCUGGUGAGGGAACUGCAGGAAAGCGGCCGCGAUGAGAGGGACGCCGCGCCGAGCCAGGCCGACGUGCUUCACAGCAUUGACGCGCUUCGCGAGGAGUUGAGUCACGUGACUGCGCUCGUCAGCCGCCCUCACCCAAUGGCUGCCGAGGGAUUCCAGGCUGUGGAACGGAGGGCGCAGGAGCUCAAGGUGGCACUGGCUUCGCUGCAUGACAUCCGCGAUUCCCUGCUGGAUGUGAAGGUCAAAGCCCACCGGCUUGGCGCCAACAGAGAAGAGCUGGCCAUCGGGAAACACAUCCAGGCUCUGUACCGCCAGUGGGAUGACGCCUACGAACAGAGUGGCACCAAGCUGACCGAACUGCAAAAGAUGAAGAGUGAGGAGAUGUCGCCACAGUGUCCUCUAGCUGCAAAGACAUUGUUGGAGAGCAAAGCAGGAGAUCUGGGUUCAUUGCAGAAGCCCUCAACAAGCGGGAAAGUUGGCAGAGUGAUGGAGCAGCCCCGCAGUUCGGCGGCGACAAAUGGCACAUUGGCAUCGCGGGCCGAGUCGGGAGACUCCACGGGGGCUGGCAGCCGGCGAAGGCGUCUCUGGCGGGUGCUCAAAGCUGCACUGCCCGUCCAGGUGGCAUUGGUGCUGCUCUACUGCGUUGCCUGUCUCCUGGAACCGCACUGCUGUGACCUGCUCAACAACUUUCACUCACCGUUUGGACCGCAGCUCAGAUAUACACACGGGCCGCCACCUAUUUAAAUGUCCGUGGCGCAGCUCUGCUUCACAACUUGACACAUCUGUGUGCUUUGAAUCAGCUCCAUGGUGCGAUGAGGCCCAAGGCUGCAAGCCUCUUUCUUGACUGGCCGAAGUGAUCUAUGAUUGCACACCCCUCCAGUUAGGCAGAACAUCCCUCUCAGCACAUUGCAUUGAAUGCUCAAGGAGAGGAGGAGUCCACAAAAGGAAAAAAAAAGAAAGAACACUGCCACAAACUUCUAAAAUCAACGAGCUGCAUCAUCUCACUCGGGGCAUCACUUUCGACUUAUUGCGCUCUCAUUUCGAUUUGUGUGUAGGUUUUUUCUGCGACAUCUCCUUGUUUGUUGUGUGUGGCUGCCAUGCUUCUUCUUUAUUAAUGCAUAGCGGGAUGGCACACCAACAUUUCUUGCGUGAAUUUUCUUAGAGUUAUCGCAACAUGCAUGUUAUUGUGCUGUGUGCGUAAAUGAUGUGCCAGUAUAAAAGACGUCAUUGUAAGAAAAAUUCGUAGAAACUGUAGGACUAUUGAUAAUAAGUGCCUUGCACUAACUCUAUAAAAAAAGAAAGCUUCGAUUGUUAAGGCAGGCAGUUGAAAAUCAUUUGCUUUGGUUUCAUCAUUAUUUAUUAUUUCAGGUUUUGGUGACAUGUUGCUGUUGCAAGAUGAAAACAUUGGCAUGGCGAUAGCUGCUGAAAUAGAUGUUUCGUGCUUCUUGUAGUGGCAAGUUACUGUUGCCUAUAUAAGCAAAAAUGAAGCACUCAGUUUUCAUAAGCAGCUAUUUCCGAAGUUCACAGCGACAAGACCACGACAUUGUUCAUGUGCUUUGCACAUUAAUCAUGUUUCAUCGGUAGGAGAACACAAUGACAAUGCAUGACUACAUUAUCCAUAUACAGGCGACCAAGAAGCACUUGCAUGUUUUUACUUUCGUGAAUAUUUUGUCUUAGCUCUUACAUUUUGGGGUUUUGUUCAGUGUGUUUAUUAUGGUUAUUGAUGUCAAGUGUUUGUGUAUUGUUUCCUGCUGCUACUCUGUAAUGCAGCAGUCUCCCAUUGUCAAAAAGAAAAGAUUACUACAACCAUGAAAGGCGUUCGCAACUACACCAAAUGUGGUCACCGACCUCAAGACCAGUUGUAGUUUAAACGUAUCACAAGUUGAAGAGGGAUUCAGCUUCCUUUAUAAUAAUGUCACAAGGCUAAAGAUGCUACAUUGGCUAAUUAAUUGCAUCUUUAGUUUUUACUAUCCUUCCUGAUGGAUUUCGUCUGAGAGGCCUUUAUUCAUUUAAGCAACACAGGAAAGUUGACUACUUCCAUUUACAAAAAUAUUGACUGUACGAGUGACAUUUUGAAAAAGUGCAGCUAUAAGUGCAAUGCUUGCUUGAAAGCAGUAUCAUUAAUGAGAGAAAAAAAAGGAGCUCUUAAAGUUGGUCAUGGUAUUGAAAAUUUGUGAAACGUAUGUAUGACUUAAAACACCACUUGCAAGGCUUCUUUGAUACAUAUUUUCACCUCAUGGUAUAAAUUGUGCAUGAUAGGAAAUGCCUAGCUCAUCGAGAGAAGAAAAAUGUUGUAACUUUGCUUUUUGGACGCACUUGUUAUGCCAGUGACUUCCAUUUUUUGCAGGCAACUUUUCUUUCUCUCUCUCUUUUUGACUUUACAGAUUAUAUAUGUAUGUGCACACCUUUAUUUCCAUGAGACAGGGGCCAAAUAAAGUUUAGAACAUAUAUUGCAUGCAGGUUUUUCAUGUUGGUGAAUAUGUUGAGUGCUUAGUUUGUCGUCCUUGUGUUGUUCUGCAGCAUUAAGUAUGAAGUGUUCUGUAUGUUAGCUUGGCAUUGAAGAGAAAGCUUACAUGGCAUGCGUUUUUCUUUACUUCUGCAUUUGUGUUUUCUAUGCAUGUUAUUGUUUAGCCAUUACUGUUUUUGUAGAUUUUUCAUUAUUCUCUGGACUCUCAAUCAGAGCAUCUUGCGAGAAAUCAUAUCAAUGUCUGAAACACUCAUUCUCACUCUUUUUUUCUGGCAUUGUAGCUUCGUCGUUUGCAGUUUGAGACAGUUUGCUCAAAGAUAAAUCACACUGGAAACUGAAAACAUGGAAAGUGAGGUUUGGUUUUUGCGUAAUACCUGCAAUCAGCAGAUUUCCUGUUUUAUCACUUUAGAACAUUGUAGCCGUAAAGUUCAUGAACAUCAUUUCUCUACAGGUGAUAUUAAUUAUGCAUCAUUCCAGGCUCUUUACUAGUUCAAAUUCGAAAUCCUGUUGUUACAAGUCAGGCAUGUGAAAGCGAGGUUCAGUUUUGUAGAAUUUAACAUAGUUUCCUAGCAUAAUCGUAUACAUCAUCGAGUUGGCAAUUUUUUAUGUGUGUGAGAGCCGUUUCUAUGAAGCCCGCAUGUUAUAUCCUGCUUGAAAAAAAAAAAUUAUGAAAAAUCUUUUUUAAGUGCAAUGUAAGUGAAUAGGCUUAUUUUAGAAGUCACAAAAAAAAAUGCUGUGUUGAUCCAUUCAAGGAUUCAUUGGCAUCAAGUAGCUCGUAACCAUCAUGGGGAAAAAAAGUUUAGCUCAAAUUCUUUCUUUUUUUACACAUAUACUUAAGUACGUUGAAAAGUGUAUUGUGCCUUAUUCCCACCACACGAAGCAUGAAAAAGAUUACACUGUUGCCAUCUCUUGGAGUUAUCGUAACGUUUGCCAGAAGGAGAGCAUUACAUCUCGGUGCAUUGAAAUUGUGUUGCUAAACUUGUUUCUUUAUUUUUGGCAAUGGAUCUGCUGGAGAAAGUCACUUAGAAAUAUAGGCAGGCCACGAUUGUCUUGAUGCUGUGAUUCUGGUAGCUUACGUGUAGAGGAAAUAUUUUUCUACUAAAUAGUACACGCAAUGCCUGUGCUCACUAUAUUGAUGAUGUGUUGCAGUCUCCGCAAAUGACUACAUGUUUACCUCUUCCGAUCAUGUUAACUUUGAGACUCCUGGAGAGUGAAAAAAAAGGAACAUUUUAUGGAUACUAUUUCUUAUAGAGCUUGUUAGUAUUUUUUUAAGUCGUGCAAACGGCCACAUCUCUGUUGUUUUGUUGCAAUCUAUAGCCCACCCCUUCACUGGGAAUAAUUUUUUUUUAGAUGUUUCUGUUAGAGUGUUAAUUAUUUCUCUCUAUUUGAUGAUGUGGUCAAGCACCCUUUUUUGUUAAAGAUUAUCAGUUUUAAGUCAAAACAACCCGUGGUGACACAACAAUUUUUUUUAUUACUGUACUAUUUAUUAUAAAGCACAACUUCUUGCUGCCUAUAAUCAUGAUUUCGGUUAAGUGCAAAACGUUGAUGCAAGAUAAUUGCAAAGGCAGAAAUGCGUUCGCACUAUCUAGUCAGAGCAAGAAAAAUUAUUCCCAUUUGUUUAGUUUUUUUUUUUUUCCUCAAUGAAACAGGCCUAUUUACAACCACCAAGAUAGAAGAUAGAUACGACGCCUUUGUGGAGCAAGAACUCGCAUGGCUUCCAGUGUUUGUGAAGUAGUUUGCAAAGACCAAGUAGUUUUGUAUGCAUGUGCUACGCUGUGUAUGACUUCACUAGUGGCCUUUUUAGAUGUGUGGAAUAAAGUGAAGAUUAUUGUCCUUGUC